AUGGCCAUGUCGCUGGGGGCUGCCCGCAGAGGCAAGCCAAAGAUCCGUCCGCCCAAGAAGGCGAGUAGACGAUCGCCACGAGGGAUGGGGAGCAUGCUGACCCUGCUGCAGAUCAGCCCGGAAGCCUCUAUCGACGAGAUAUGGCGCAAGCUCUCGAACGGUAUCCGGGAGAUACAGAACCACAAUGCCUCCAAGCUGUCAUUCGAGGAGCACUAUCGCUAUGGCCACAACAUGGUGCUCUUUAAACGCGGCGACCAGCUGUUCAAGGGCGUCAAAGAGCUCAUAACAGAACACCUCAACCAACUCGCCCAAGAACGCAUCGUGCCCACCUUCCCGCGUUCGGGAGGCACUCGCGGUGCCGCUGUCGAGCGUGCGCUGGAGGGCGAUAGAUUCUUGAAAGCGCUCAAGGGCGUGUGGGAGGAUCAUAUCGGGAGCAUGCGCAAGCUCAAGGCUGUUCUGCAGUAUAUGGAUCGAAACUACUCGACGGCCGCUGGGCAGCCACCCAUCUACGAGGUCGGCCUCUCGCUCUUCCUCAUCCACAUCAUCCGAUCACCCCUUUUCCCCAUCCACACCCACCUCAUCUCCACACUCCUCUCCCAAGUCUCGCUCGAACGCGACGGCGAGUCCAUCACCCGCUCCACUGUGCGAGAAUGUACAGACAUACUCCAACGCUUACAUAUCAGCGAUAGAGAGAUCAGGGAAAGGGGGAUGCCGGAUAAAGAGGCGACGGUGUAUAGGGUCGACUUUGAGCCCGAAUUCUUGAGGCGGAGUGGAGAGUUUUACGAGUAUGAAGCAGGGGAGAUGCUGGCUAGAGGCGAUGCCGCAGCCUACUUACGAAACGUCGAACGACGCCUCAGAGAAGAAUCCGACCGCACCCUGCACUAUCUCUCCACCGACACCCACCCCGCCCUGCACGCCCUCCUCAUCGACAACCUCCUCUCCUCCCACCUCUCGCCCAUCCUGCAGAUGCCCGGCUCCGGCCUCCAGUCUAUGAUCGAGCGGGACCGAUACGACGAUCUGAAGAGGCUGUAUGAUUUGUUCGUGAAAGUGCCAGAGGGGGCGGGGAAGGAAGAGUUGAGGCGGGCGUUGAGGUUUGAUGUGGAGAUGAGGGGGAAGGGGAUCAAUGCUGCUGCAGUUGACCCGGACGUCAUCGCCACUCCGGCUUUGACUGUGAAGAGGGAAGAUACGGAUCAGCCUAUGGCGUCUCCUUCGAAACCUGCGCCUGUCAAGCCAAAAACGACUCAGGCUGCUGCCCUUGCCUCGGCUCUGCGCUGGGUCCAGGACGUGCUGGAACUCAAAGACAAGUUUGAUUUGAUCUUGGAAAAGUCGUUUGCGGAUGAUAAACAAGUGCAGAUGUCGAUCAAUGAGGCGUUCCAGAGUUUCAUCAAUGCCAAUGCUAGAGCAGCCGAGUAUCUGAGCUUGUUUAUUGAUGAAAACUUGAAGAAGGGUUCUAAAACUCGUACCGAAGACGAGAUCGAACAAGCCAAAUCCAAAACCCUCAUCCUCUUCCGCUUCCUCACAGACAAGGACAAAUUCGAGCGCUACUACAAAAACCACCUCGCCCGCCGUCUUCUUUACUCUCGCUCCGCCUCCGACGACGCCGAGCAAGAGAUGGUCGGCAAGCUCAAAAAAGAGAUGGGCUUCCAGUUCACCCACAAGCUAGAGGGGAUGUUUACGGAUAUGAGGGUUAGUAAGGAGAGUGAUGUGGCGUUUAAAAAGUAUGAGGCUGCGCGGGAUGUGGGGCUGGACCUGUCGGUGUCUGUCCUUACAGCAUCGCAUUGGCCUCAGCCCAUAGUAGCGCCCACGCCGUGCACUUUUCCACCUGCCCUCAACCCAGCUAUGGCGGCGUUCCAAAAGUACUACGACUCGCGCCAUUCGGGCCGUAGGUUGACUUGGCAAGUCGCCUUGGGCACGGCGGAUGUCAAGUGUAGAUUUAGGAAAGGGGUGGUGGAGUUGAAUGUGUCGACGCAGGCGUUGGUUGUGUUGUUGCAGUUUGAGAGAUUGGCGAGUGGGGAUAUACUGUCUUAUCCCGAUCUCCACAAACAAACUGGCCUCCCCGAAGGCGACCUCGUCCGCACACUUCAAUCUCUCGCCUGCGGCAAGUACCGUGUGCUCACAAAACAUCCCAAGGGCAAAGACGUCAACCCCAAAGACACAUUCGAGUAUAACGAGGGCUUUGUGAGCCCACUGGCGAGGAUCAAGAUUAUGCAGGUAGCGGGCGCAGCGGGGGCAAAGGUGGAGAGUGGGAAAGAGAGGGAGGAGACGGAGGGGAUGGUUGAAGAAGAGAGGAGGCAUCAGAUUGAAGCGUGUAUAGUGCGGAUUAUGAAGGACCGCAAGAGGCUGGACCACAACGAGCUCAUAUCAGAGGUAGCGCACCAGCUCUCUGGCCGGUUCAGCGCAAGUGUGGGAUCUAUAAAGAAGCGCGUAGAAGGCCUGAUUGACAGAGAGUAUCUUGAGCGGAUAGGCGAAGGACUCGGGGCGGGGUAUCAAUAUCUAGCAUAA